UGACCAUAGAAAUUUGAAAAAAAAAAAAAAUUUGAAAAAGGAAAAUCUGACUGAAAAAUUCGGAAUUGGAGCAAAAGGUGCGUAGUGCCAAUUUUGUUCAUAAAGAAGAACGAUUAAACACUUUCAUACGCUAAGUAUUCAAAAAAUAGGAAACUAGGAGCGGACACAAUGGGACUUCUCAGCAUUAUUCGAAAGAUCAAGCGAAAGGAAAAGGAAAUGCGCAUCCUUAUGGUGGGUCUUGACAACUCUGGUAAGACAACGAUUGUUUUAAAAAUAAAUGGGGAAGACACGAGUGUCAUCAGUCCGACUCUUGGCUUCAACAUCAAAACCAUCACGUAUCAGAAGUAUACCCUCAAUAUAUGGGAUGUCGGGGGGCAGAAAACAAUACGGUCUUAUUGGAGAAACUACUUUGAGCAAACUGAUGGCUUGGUGUGGGUUGUGGAUAGUUCUGAUCUGAGAAGGCUAGAUGACUGUAGAUACGAGCUGCAUAAUCUUCUGAAGGAAGAGAGGCUAUCAGGAGCAUCAUUAUUGAUUUUUGCAAAUAAGCAGGACAUACAAGGAGCUCUUUCUCCAGAUGAAAUAGCCAAAGCGCUUAAUCUGGAGGCUAUGGACAAUAGCCGGCACUGGAGAAUCGUGGGAUGUAGCGCAUACACCGGGGAAGGUCUACUUGAGGGAUUUGAUUGGCUGGUACAAGACGUUGCUUCACGAAUCUAUAUGCUUGAUUAAGUGAAGUUUACAUUAAGAUUUUGAUUCCCGCAAGAUGACCUUUUUACACACUGUAGUAUAAUACCAUUUGGAGUACAUUUUUAGUGGAUAUAAAUAUCAAAUAUUCAUUAAGAUAUAAAGAUCAAAUAUUCAUUAAGGAGCAUUUCCCUAGUUGCUGCUCA